UAGCGUUCGCGAUGGCUAGCAACGAUACCAAAUUUCGUGGACUGCUUCAACGUCCAUAUGAGCCAACAUUCGUGCCCAAGUCCGGUGGCCAGGUGUACUUCGAUCUUCCCGAUAAUUUUCUUACCGAUCGCUAUCGUCCUCUGGGACAGUCGCUACAGAGUCGCUAUGGUACAAAUGUGCAAACAAGGAUUCCACUGCCGAACAUCGCGGCUCCGGACAUAAACUUUACGCAAUCAAUCUCUCGGCGUGGAGAAUUUUCAACAUUCAACCAGAUGCACGCCCGAACUGCUGGGCAACUAAUGGAGUUGUUCUUGAAUCAGAGCGAUCCCGACAACAUGUGCGCGGUGGCAGCGUACUGUCGGGACCGAACGAAUGGAACUAUGUUCCAAUACGCAUUAUCAGUGGCAUUGCAACAUCGACCCGACACGAUGAAUGUGACCAUUCCAAGUUUUCUAGAGCUCUUUCCCGAUAGGUUUAUGGAUCCAUCAGUGUUUCCGCAGAUGCAAGAGGAAGGCAGGAUUGUUACCCAAGGUGACAGGAUGGCUAUUGACAUCCCGAUAAACUACACGGCUUCAGAAAGAGAGUUCGAACAGAGAAUGGCUUAUUGGCGCGAGGAUAUUGGAGUCAAUUUGCACCAUUGGCAUUGGCAUCUGGUGUAUCCCGCAGCAGGUCCUGAUAGAGUGGUCCGAAAGGAUCGUCGCGGAGAGUUGUUUUACUACAUGCACCAGCAAGUGAUCGCAAGGUACAACACAGAACGAUUCGCCAACGGAAUGCCUCGUGUAAGGACUAUAGCUCAUUUACGCGAUCCAAUAGUCGAGGCGUACUAUCCGAAAAUAAUCCGAAGCUCUAAUAACCGAUCUUAUCCCGGGCGAGGGCGCAAUAUGAUAUUGAGUGAUUUGAAUCGUGUAGAGGAUCAAGUAAUGGUUACAAUAGCUGACAUGGAACUUUGGACUGGAAGAAUAUUCGAAGCGAUUGAUGCUGGGUUUGCGAACGGGGCCAACGGACAGCGAAUACUGUUGGAUGACAAAUCCGGAAUAGACGUUCUUGGAAAUAUGGUUGAAAACACAACAAUCUCCCCGAAUGCUGACUAUUAUGGACGAUUACAUAACGAGGGUCAUAACAUGCUCGGAUACAUUCACGAUCCUGAUAACUCUUUCUUAGAAGGUUUUGGAGUGAUGGCCGACAAUACCACGGCUAUGCGCGAUCCAGUUUUCUACCGCUGGCAUCAACAUAUAGAUGACAUAUUUGAACGGCACAAGCGUCGUUUUAAGCCGUACAAUAAUGAAGAGCUAUCAAAUCCGGGAGUGGAAAUCGGAUCUUUCAGCGCUCAACUCAAUCGGACCGGUACCAAAAGCAACAUUCUUCUGACGUUCUGGCAACGAUCCCAAGUAGAUCUCGGAACAGGUCUAGAUUUUGGACCGGAUGGCAAUGUGUUUGCCACAUUCACCCACAUUCAACAUGCCCCAUUCACUUACCGAAUAAGUGUGAAUAAUGGCACUGGUUCCACCCUACGCGGAACGGUGCGAAUAUUUCUCGGUCCUAUAACGGAUGAAACUGGAAGAACUUUACCAUUCCGCGAACAGCGUCGGCUUAUGAUAGAAUUGGAUAAGUAUACUGUCAAUUUAAACCCUGGAGAAAAUAAUCUGGUUCGUCGAUCCGAACAAUCAAGUGUAACAAUCCCAUAUGAACGAACGUUCCGCAAUAUUGCGGCCUCCAACCAGCCGAAUAACGACCAGUUCAGAUUUUGCAAUUGUGGAUGGCCUGCGCACAUGCUUCUGCCAAAAGGUACUCCUCAGGGCACAAUGUACGACUUGUUCGUAAUGAUUUCCAACUUUAGAGAUGACUCAGUUAACCAGGACUUCGACGAGAAUGCGGCGUGCAAUGAUUCGCACUCGUUCUGUGGACUACGCGAUAGGCUCUAUCCGGAUGCUCGUAACAUGGGCUACCCAUUCGAUCGACAAGUAUCGCCUUCGGUGUCCAACUUGAAGGACUUUGUGCGACCUUACAAGAAUAUGGCUACAGCUCCAGUGCAAAUUCGCUUCACCAACACGGUUAUUUCAAGAGUUUAAAAGGAUUUUUCUUUUUUCGGUCCUACGUAGAAUAUAAACAAUCUUAGUAUUUUCU